GAGUCCUGGAGUCCGUUGGGUGGCAGUACAGCACUAAAUAGUGCCUAGUCUGCUGGAAAGAAGAAGAGGAACCGGAAGAGAAAGAGUAAGAAGAAAAAUAGAGGCGGAGCAAAGUAAAAAAGUAAACAAUCCAUCGCUGGAUGUUUUAUGAUCGGCACAACCUUGGUGUUGUCGUUCCAGCCUCAGGCAUCGUCCUCUCUCCCCGUCGGUCUUCUGUAUCAUCGAGUUCAGAAAUUAAUGGAUAAUCGGAGAAACUCAACAACAUGUGGCUAAUGUUAUUGUUCAUCCUGAACGCGAAGACACAGACAAACGCUCUGCAGGUGAUUGGAGGAAAAAGGACUGUGGUGCAAGAACGUACAGUUACAUUCAACUGCGAACUUGUUGACAACACAGAGACUGUCAACCAGAUUUCAUGGCAGAGGACGACCAGAGUUAAAAAAGAUAAUUUUUUCUUGGCUGUUCGGAAAACAAAUGGACCAGAGUAUGUCAAUGGACGCGAUUAUCGAAUUCAGUUUAUUGGGAGCUUCAAUGAGCUUAAUGGAUCCAUUCAGAUCUCCAAUGUCUCAUUGCAGGAUGAAGGCAUCUACACUUGCAUCUUCACUUUGUUCCCAAGCAGGAGUUACAAAACACAUAUACAUCUGGAUGUGCUCGUGCCUCCUGUCAUACGUGUGAAGGAUAACCUUCCUACUUUGGCUGAUAAGGAAGUUUGCAUUGCCACCUGCACGGCUGCUGAUUCUAAGCCUCCGGCAAACGUGAGCUGGCUCACAGGUAGCUUAGCAUACAACUUGAGGGAAACAGCCAACUCGACGCAUCAUGAUGAUGGUAAGACUACCACAGUCAGCUACCUGUUUGGAGUACCUGCCAUGGAUAUCGACCAACAGGUGGUCCACUGUGUCGUCACCAGUCCAGCCCUGUUGAAAGAGACAGAGAUCCCCUUUACUAUACAAGUUUACUUUGCGCCUAUGGAAGUGAAAAUUGGUGCAAAUCCCAAAGAAGACUCAUUUCAAUGUGAGACUGAUUCCAACCCCAAAGCAGAAUUUAACUGGACCAGAGUUGGCAAAGCGUGGCCUCAGUCUGGUGUCAGAGUAGAGGGUGGAACGCUGCAGUUUCUGACCAGGAGCUCUGACCUGAAUGGCCUCUACCAGUGUAAGGCAUUUAACUCACAUGGAAGAAGCAUUGUUUACAUCUUUAGAUCUGUGAUUUCAGAAUCCUGCAUUGUUUGUUGGAUCUUAUUUGCUCUUCUGAUCGUCCUUAUCGUAGCAGCAGCAACGUGGUGUCUUUAUAAAUCUGACAAACUUCCAUUUUUAGGUUCAAGGAGAGUCCCGGUCACACGUGGGGAGGCGGAGGUGAUAAAUCCUGACGAGGCGACUUUAUGAGUACUGGCUUCGAGACGCAGAAUAAACGGGAGCAUGACACCACCUCUGCUACACACAUGUUAAUCGUGUGAACUGGUGCAACAGCUCAGGUGCAUCAGUUAAACCCCUGCUUUUCAAAGUGGGGGUCCCGACCCCCAAGGGUAUGCCAAGGGAGUCACGGAAACUGUCAGGGAAAUGUUGCAAUAAACAUAGAAUUAUUAUUAUUAUUAAAUUAAAUAUGUUUUUAUACUGGCUUUUAUGUAUACACACACACUCCAGUUUAUAUAUAUAUAUAUAUAUAUAUAUAUAUAUAUAUGUGUGCUUAUGGUUGAUAUUACUGUACAGAAAGGACAAGAUGUUUUUAAUAUAAAAAAGUUAUUAAUAAAAAUGAGGGAACUAUAUUAAGAAGUUGUAUAUUUGAUAUUUGCCAUCAUGUCGCACGUAAUUUUAAAUUAGUUUGCAACUGGGGGUCCCGGCCAGAGGCUUAUGCUAUAUGGGGUUCCUAAGCAUGGAAAAGUUUGGGAACCCCUGAGUCCAAGGGAUAGUUGACACAAAAAUUGAAAUUAACUCCCUCGAUAGAGGGGUGAGUGAAGUGUUCACAAAACAUUUUUGGAGGGCCAGUAGUUUGUAGAGGAUCAUGCAGCACGUUCACAUAUACACACGAAACUAAGAUACACUAGAAAAAUCUGAGGAAUAUCUAUACGUACACUCUAGUUAUUUUGUUUAUUUUUUCCUUGACACAUCUGAUGUGAUAAGAAACUGAGUUAGGCGGUGGUCUAGUGGCAGAAACUUGGACUAUGGGCAGAGAAGGUCUCUGGUUCGUCUCUGGUUCGACUCCACGGAGAGACAACAAAAGACGAACCUGGAUUGAUCUGUCCAAAAAUCCAAGAGUCUCCCUACCCUGUCUAGUGCCCCUGAGCAAGGCACCUUACUCCCCCAACAUCUGCUCCCCGAGCGCCUGUACGCGGCUGCUCACUGCUCUGUGUGUACUGCACAAGAUGGGUCAAAAGCAGAGAUUAAAUUUCCCUACCUGCAUGAGUGUGCCUUUGCAUGACUGUGCAUGUGUUUGGGAUGAAUAAAUGCAUCUUAAUCUUAAUCUUAUAUGAUUAUAUGGUAUCAAAAAACUAAAUCUAUAUGGAAACUGACUCUAACCUGGUUCUGUAUGUAAACAAACUGACUGAGAAAUUUGAAAAGGAAUCUUUAAAACAUAAAGUGAUAAAAGUAUUAAAUACACAAGUUCAAGCUAUAAAACAAACGUGAAAUAAAAUAAUACAAAAGUGAAAGCCAGAGACAUCAAAAAUAAGUGUAACAGAAUAAUUAUGUGUUUAUACUUAUAAUGCCUGUCUUGAAUAGAACUCAACUGAAGCUGAGUGAGAGUAUUGUAUUUACCUCAAGUGGUUACGAAGUUCACUGGAUAUUUUUUGGAUCUGUCAGGACAAGGCAGUGUGGAACAAGCUUUCAAUACGUUUCCAAUCAAUCAGUUGCUUGGUUGAGUACCUCAACUGAAGUGAGACUGAAGUCAACAGUGAUGUUCUUUGUUACAUCAAUACAAAGAAGAGAAAAAAGGAUAAGAUGAAGUCUUUACAAUUCUGUCGAAUGAUCUGAGAAAGAAAUGCAACACCAGCUCCAAAAUGCACCAACGCAUGUUAGCUCGGUACAGAACAACCUCUCCCUCUCUUGCCAAAUCAAAUAUGAAGGUGUUCUCCAUCUUAAGUUGGCAUGCUAGCAUUUGAUAUUUAUCAGUAUCAUUAUUUAUACUUAUGAUAUUUCACAAUUUUUUACUCGUUAAACUUUCAUUCUGGGGGGAUUCUGUGGGUUGAUACUUUUCAUUCAGGUAAACCAGUAGGCCAUUAAACACUAAUAUUAAAGGAUUCAUUAUCUGGGCAGCUUUCAAAUUUCUUAAUAGUUUUGGUUUCAGAUUUAGUCUUUAGUCAUAAUGUUUUUUAUUCUUUUAACUUAUUUUUAUUUUGCUAGCCUAUUUAUUCUUUCUUAUUUAUUAAGGCUUUAUAUCUUUAUUUCAUGAUCAAACAUUACUAAUACGUCCUGGUUUUGAAACUAGAUUGUUUGCACAGCAGUUUGUUGCUUAAUCAAAAAAAAAUACUGUGAACGAGAAAAUGAUGGAGAGGAGAAACAUUUAUUUUAGAUGCACAAAAACUCUGUAUUAGUGUGGACGACAGAUGUAAACAUAGCGGAAGGAUGUUUUAAUACAAUCGUAGUAGUGUGGAUGUAGCCUAUGUUUAUGUGUCCUGUAAGUUUAAAGUGAGGGGGAUGGUAAACUACUGCUUCUUUUUUUUGUUUUCUUUAAUCAGCAAAGUAACCAAAUUUUUUCUAUCUUUUUGCUUUUUAAAGACUGAAAACAUUGAUGCAUAGUGUGCUCUGUUUGUUUGCCUACAUGUUUUUAAGGAAUCAAAUAUACCCUUUCAAUGACGUGCUGAAAUGUUUUUUGCAUGUUCUGUGCCUUAACAUUUAACACUGAACCCUUGCGUGUUUUAAAGUUACAGUAUAUCUCCUGUCAACUUUUGCACUAGUUGGGAUAACUGUCAUUUGCACUUAUAUUACAAUAAAAGACGAGAUAAGCAUUACAA